AUGGCGGCUUUGAAGCUUAAUCCCAUGAUCAGCAAAAUGGAAGAGUCCUACACAGUUGCUAUCUUCAGCAAGGUGUCGAAUAUGAAAAGCCGUGGCGAGAAAGUAAAUGGUGCUCUCUGUGUGGGACAGCCAGACUUUCCACCACCGCCCGAAGCUAUCAAAGCCACAGCAGAAGCUGCCGUCCAGGGCCUCACAAGCUACACUGCUGUGACAGGAACACUGGAGUUGCGACAGGCAAUCUCGGAGUAUCUUCAAAAGUACAAGCAGGUCACAUACUCCACAGAUGAAAUCCUGGUGGCUUGUGGAGGCAAACAAGUGAUCUACCAGGCCAUGAUGGCCCUUUGCCAAGAAGGAGAUGAGGUCAUAGUGCCGGCACCUUACUGGACCUCCUAUCCAGACAUUGUCAAGCUAUCGGGAGCAUCUCCAGUAAUUAUGGAGACACUGGCAUCAAGUGGCUAUGCAAUCGAUGCAACGAAACUGGCUGCAACAAUCACACCAAAAACACGUAUGCUAAUUGUGUGCAAUCCAUCAAAUCCAACAGGUUGCGCCAUGUCCAAGCAAGAGCUGGAAGCAAUUGCUGAAGUACUACGCAGACCUGAAAAUCAGCACGUUCUUGUUCUAUCGGACGAAAUCUACGAGCGCAUUUGCUACGAUGGCUUAGAACACGCAUCCUUUGCCACAUUGAAGGAUAUGUGGAGCCGAACGUUGACGAUCAACGGAUUUAGCAAAGCCUUUUCCAUGACAGGCUACAGAUUGGGCUACCUGGCUGCCCAAAAAGAUAUUGUCAAAGCAGUCUCAAAGCUGCAGUCCCAGAUAACAUCCUGUGCAUCUAGCAUCGGCCAGCAUGCUGGCAUUGCAGCGCUGAAGUGCGAUAUGAGCUACAUAGAUGCAAGAGUCGUAGAACUGCAAGAGAAGCGAGAUCUGGCAAUGAGCCUCCUUGCAAAGAUAUCCGACGUGCAAUGUCCAAAGCCAAGCGGUGCAUUCUAUUUGUUUCCCGACAUAUCCGCAUACUUUGGCCGAAGAACUCCAGAUGAAGAAACCAUUGAGGACGGUGUGCAGCUGUGCCUCUAUUUGCUGCAGAAGUAUCAGGUUGCCCUUGUGCCUGGCAUUGCUUUUGGCAAUCCAAAGUGUCUUCGCCUCUCGUAUGCCGCGACCAAGGAAAACAUCACGGAAACUCGGCAAGACACUGCACUGAAGAAGGCAUAUCUCAGAGGUUUUGGUAGUAGCAUGUUGUUGAUGCUACCCCGGAAGCAUCGGAAGCAACAGCCAUUGGCGCUGAGGACGACAACUUCGCCAGACGGAGCUGAAGAAGCAACCGCACUGCCUCGGCAAGAGGGGCCUGUCAAGGAGAACAAGCUGAACAUCGCUGGUUCUCGUGCCUAUGUUGCGACUGACGAAGCUAUGGAAGUCAUCAAGGACUGCAGAGAUGAAAAAGCAAUAGCCACUGCCAAUCUAUCACGUGCUGAGGUGCUUUCGCUCUUUGGAGAAACUCGCGAUUCUGUAUCAGCUGCCAGACGUGCUUGUGAUGGUUUUCGCCGAAGAGGUGACAAGCAGUCACUAGCAAUGGCAUUGAUGCUCUCAGCAAGAGGCUUUCUUGAGCUCGGGACGGCAGGUUUGGCUGAAAAGUCUGCAGAGGAGGCAGGAAGUGCAGGGAAGUGCCAUGGGGGAACUGGUAAAAUUGCAACAUGUUCAGUAGACUCAGACAAUAUGCGAACAUAUGUGAAACCUAGAUUUGACUUCCCAAACGUCUCGGUAGUCAAUCGUUUGUCGUGUGUGAGGCGUUGCACCUCUUCACCAGUAUCAGAGAUGAAGAGGGUGUGGUUUGCCCUCAGUUGA